AUGGGAAAGGUGAGUAACGAUUGCUCUGACUCAGGCAUACCUCGGAUACAAGUCUACUGCCCCCGCGCUUUCGUAUCGCCGGCAACACGUGAGACUCGUCGCCCGGCAACGUCCUGAUGCCGGUGUCGUCGUUCCGAUCGAAUCGAAGCGGGCUGGCACGGGUUGGCACGGGUGAACGACGCGACAAGCGGGUCCAAAAUGAAUGGCAGACUGCAGCACGUGCAUCUAGAGUACAGAUCACUGACUCUCCCCUGCCCUCUGACCCACCACCCCCGCUCUCACCCGUCUCACUCCACCGUCGGAGCGCGCUUGGCUUGUUCCAUCGACCCGAAUCACGCAACGAACGCCCCGUUAUCGACUUCCCUUCUCACGAUCAUCCCUCCAUCAGACCUUCUCCGCCGCCGAAGUUACCGAGCACAAGUCCGCCGAGUCGGCAUGGACCAUCGUCGAUGGCGGUGUUUACGAUGUUACCGAGUUCUUGGUGCGUCACGUGCCCCGCCUUUGGACGUGGUCGGAAAGUUGGGACCUGCUGACUUAUUCUGUCUCUACGCCUGUACAUCUAAUAGGAGGAUCACCCUGGUAUGUUUAUUCGUCUGGCAGUGCGUUGCAUUCAGCGAAGCUGACCUUCUCUGCGACCCACGACGCUUCCUCUCACGCAAAGGCGGAAAGAAGAUCCUGCUCAAGUAAGGUCGACCGAAUCGAGUGCCCCAAUUGCGUCACCCAACCGGCCGGCUUCGAACUAAAAUUGAUCCUUUUUACCUGGUCCUCCUCCAGCUCGUGCGGCAAGGACUCGUCCGACUCGUUCUGGAAGUUCCACAGCAAGAAGAUCUUGACCAAGACCGCGGCCAAGAUGCUCAUCGUCAGUGCACCUUUGCACUCGUACCUCGAUCUUUCCGUGGCGGAGGCUAACAUUCUGCUCUUUCUCCACUCUGGAUCUUGGAACACUCGUCAUACAGGGUUCCGGUACGUCCCCUUUUCUUCGGCUACUUCCCAUAUAAUUCGGCUUGUUGCUGACACCAUAUUUACCUCUUCACAGUCGAGGGUCAAGCCAAGCUUUAA